AUGUUUAUGAUGGCAUGGCGACUGGAAUGUCACACUGUUAUCUGGUUGUACUUUAUCGUGGUGAUAUCGGCCGACUACCAGUGUGUCUGCAACUACAGCAAAUAUGGAGUUCCAGUUUACCAAAAUACGUCCAGGACUUCAGUCUCGCUAGGAAUUUUGGAUGUCGAUGACUGCAAACAGUAUCUUUACACUACAAGCGAACAAUCGACUGCAUUCUAUGCAACCAUGUUUAGGCAGCAGAUUGGAUUUGUGAUGGAUAUUUACAUUACAAAACAAAACUGUCAAGGAACACCUCCAGUAAAGGACAUAGAUGUGAAUAUAACUCGACCUUACACAAGUAUACAACCUACAGACAUCAUCUCAAAUAUUACGGCAAAGCCCGUCUUCCCUACUUCAGCAUCCGUUGUUUUUACCUCUACAGAUGAUAUCGAACCAAACAGAACAAAUAUCAUAACAACUGUUGAAACAAUGCAGACAAAUUCUACCGGAACACAAUACACAACUACUUCAAAUAAAUUGUACAAUACUACUUCUGUUUCACAAGGUCAUGUCGAAUUGUGUCCGAACAGAAUACAACAUCUUGCGAAGCUGUCCGGAGAACUGUUAGCACAGCUAGGACAAAAUUGCUACGAGGUUGUUCAGAAAAGUGUUCCUUGGUCUCAUGCUGAGGCAAACUGCAAACGUAAUAGAGGGCAUCUGAUACAUAUUGCUAACCAACAGGAACAAGACUUUAUCAACAGUUUUCUUGUAAAACAUCAUAGUGAUACAGUAUGGUUAGGUCUACACGAUAGAAAUCAAGAAGAAAGUUUUGAAUGGACGUCAGGUAAUACCGUAAGAUACACAAAUUGGAAGCCUGGGCGAAAAGAUGACAGAUAUCACGAUUCCGAAGACUGUGUUUUUAUGACACCGUCGACUGGACAGUGGGAUGAUGUACAAUGUGGUGGUGAUGAUUCAUUGUCAGAACUCUUUCAUGCGUAUAUAUGUCAAUAUGCUACUAUUGAUGCAUCAGUUUCUGGCGGUAAUAAUUCUUGGUUCUUUGUAUCUUAA